AUGGUGUUCCCAGAUAGUGAAGAGCCACCAAAAAAGAAGAGCGCUAAAGAGAGACUCUCUUGGUCGGGCCAAAAGAAACAAAGCCAAGAUACCGCUUUAGGUCAAGUCUGGAGACAGAAGAAGAGCACAGAGGAAAGCAAGACGGGUGGUUGCAGCUCGAAAAACUCAGGGGAUUCCAUCCUCUCCCCGAAUAAACAAAGAAGGUUGAGCAGAAGUGAUGAAAGACAGAGGAAGAAGGCACGAUUGAAUGAAGUAGUUGAAGUGCAAUCUCCACCCUCUGGCUCGGUAUUUGAAAGAUUGGGAACAAACUCCUCAGGUUCAGGAUCACAUAAAGGUAGUGGAAGAAAACAGCCUACCCUAAUGGCUGCUAUCUCCCUAAGUCAUUCUAGCCAAGGGACUAGAUCAGGUGAAAAAUGA